AUGAAACUUGGUCUGGUUCUCUUUGCCCUGCUUUUGGCCGGCGUUAAUGCCAAAUACCGUGAGUUUGAAUUGUUUUGGCAAAAUUUAACUUUUUUAAAUUUCAAUUUUCUUUUUUAAAUUUUGAAAAAAAAUAAAAAUUUUGAAGUUUUUUUGUUACCUAAAAAAUAUUUUUUUUUUCAAUUUUUAUACCUUCUAGUCUUCAAACGGGACAACAGCUACGGAGAUGAAGCUGCUCCAGCAAUAGCCGCCGCCGAAUCCGCCCCAGCACCAGCUCAAAGCUAUCAAGCCGCCCCUGAAGCCGCUCCAGCAGCCGUAGAACAACCAGCCGCCGCUCCAGCUCCAGUCGCUUCUUCUGGCUACAGAAAAAAGAGAUCCAACUCAUAUGGAGAUGAGCCAGCACCAGCUGUAGCUGCUGCUGAAUCUGCCCCAGCCCCAUCGUCAAGCUACCAAUCCGCUCCCGAAGCUGCCCCAGCUGCUGUUGAACAACCAGCCGCCGCUCCAGCUCCAGUAGCCAGCUCCGGAUACAGAAAAAAGCGAGACAACUCGUACGGUGAUGAAGCUGCUCCAGCCGUAGCCGCCGCCGAAUCUGCCCCAGCCGCAUCUCCAAGCUACCAAGCCGCCCCAGAAGCGGCGCCAGCUGCCGUUGAGCAACCAGCCGCUGCCCCAGCUCCAGUUGCCUCAUCUGGCUACAGGAAGAAGCGUGACAACUCGUACGGUGAUGAAGCCGUAACACCAGCUCCAGCUGCUGCCCCAGAAGCCGCCCCAGCCCCAGAAUCCGCUCCAGCCGCCGUUGAACAACCAGCCGCUGCUCCAGCCCCUGUCUCUAGCUCUGGCUACAGAAAGAAGCGUGACAAUUCUUAUGGUGACGAAGCUGCUCCAGCAGUAGCCGCCGCAGAAUCCGCCCCAGCCCCAGCUCAAAGCUACCAAGCCGCCCCUGAAGCCGCUCCAGCUGCCGUAGAACAACCAGCCGCUGCUCCAGCCCCAGUAGCUUCAUCUGGCUACAGAAAGAAGAGAUCAAACAAUUCUUAUGGUGAUGAAGCUGCUCCAGCUGUAGCCGCAGCUGAGUCUGCCCCAGCCCCAUCAUCCAGCUACCAAGCUGCGCCUGAAGCGGCGCCAGCUGCCGUAGAGCAACCAGCCGCUGCUCCAGCUCCAGUCGCGUCGUCGGGAUACUAA